AGAACUGACAGUUGCGUUUUAUUUAUCAAUAGUAACCUCAAUUUUCUAGCCUAUUUUUAAACCUUUGAAUAAUAAAUUAUAUGCACAAUUUAAUAAAAACAAGUCCGUGAUAAAGAUUUUAUUACAAAAAUGCCACCAAAGCAAGCAAAGAAGACAUUGUGGGUUGACUGUGACCGCUGCGGUUGUACAAUAACCUCAAACGACAAGAAUAUUCAUGCAGAGUUGAACUGCACUAAGAAUCAAUUAAAAUGCCCUUACAUUGAGGAUGGGAGACUGUAUACAUGGUUGGAGAGGACAGGGGCGCCGCCAGAUGGAGCUCCUAAGGAUGCUGUGUUGGUACAUCCCUCAGCAGGAACGCUGAUAGGUUCUGUGAUUGGUGGUGCCUUGGAAUUGUGCAGGGGAGCUCCGACCAUGGUUAAGAGGAUGUGGCCUUCUAAAGGUUCUUCGCCGGCUGCAGUUAUAUUGAGCGCUGCCGACCUUCCUGCAUCGUGGAGCAGUGAUGGCAAGACAGUAACAGUUUCAGUCUUAAAAGAAGAAAUACCAGAUGCAACCUCAAUUACCAUCAAAAUAUUGAACCACAAAACUGAGUCAGAUAUUUGUGAUAUAUUAAAACAACAUUUUUAUAACCAUUUUGUGUCACAUGGCAGUCGAUUAGUUUAUUAUUACUUUGGUAAGAAAUUAGAGAUUGAAAUCAUAAGUGUUAAAUCGAAAAAUCAAAGUGAAGAAAUUAAAUGGUAUGUACUUAAAGAGAACACUGUUUGGAACAUAGAUAGAGAAGUGAUACAGAAGGUAAAGAAAAGACCAGCAUUAUUAGGUGGAGUUAAUGAUAUUUUAGAAGAGGUUCAGACAUUUAUCCAAAUAUCUUUUAACAAAGACGGUUUAACAGCAAACUAUCAGCCGACAAGAGGUCUUCUCAUCUAUGGCCAUUCAGGUAUUGGUAAGACUGCACUAUGCAAGUACCUGAUAGAAAAUCUCAAUUGUUAUCAUGUUGAGGUCAAUGGACCAGCCAUAUUUAGCAAGUAUUUUGGGGAAACUGAAAGAACCAUGAGAAAUUUGUUUGAUAAAGCAAUAGAGAAUGAACCCAGUAUUAUCUUGGUAGACGAAAUUGAAACUAUAUGUCCUAAACGAUCCUCAGGCAGCACAGAACAGGAGAGAAGAGUGACAUCAGCAUUUGUUUCUUUCUUGGAUAACCUUCAUGAUGAGAAUAGAAGAGUCUUUAUUCUUGCUACUACCAGGAAACCAGAAGCUAUAGACCCAAUGCUGAGAAGAUUUGGAAGAUUAGACAAAGAAAUUGAGGUCCCUGUGCCAGAUAGGAUUAGAAGGAGGGAAAUACUUUACAGUUUACUUAAAAAUCUUCCCCACAGAAUACGAAAAGAUAUUGAGACAAUAUCUGACUUGGCUCACGGCUAUGUUGCUGCCGACAUUGUUAAUUUAUGUACACAAGCUUCCAUGAAAUGUAUAAAGAGGUGCAGCGAAUCCAUAGAAAAAGAAGAUUUAAUUGCCGCACUAACUGUAGUUAGACCAAGUGCCAUGCGCGAGUUAUUAAUAGAAGUACCAAAUGUGAGGUGGACAGACAUUGGUGGACAACAAGAUUUGAAGUUAAAACUCCGUCAAGCAGUUGAAUGGCCGCUAAAACAUGGCGAAAGUUUUAAGCGUUUAGGUAUACGGCCGCCAGCCGGAGUCUUGCUUUACGGACCUCCGGGCUGUUCUAAGACUAUGAUAGCAAAAGCACUGGCGACUGAAAGUGGGCUCAACUUUUUAUCCAUAAAAGGUCCAGAGUUAUUUUCAAAAUGGGUAGGCGAGUCAGAGCGUGCUGUACGCGAUUUAUUUACGAAAGCUAGGCAAGUAGCUCCUUCAGUGAUAUUCUUUGAUGAGAUGGACGCUAUCGGAGGGAGAGGUGCGGGCGAAGCCGGAGUACAUGAAAGGGUUUUGGCGCAACUACUUACGGAGUUAGAUGGUGUGGUGCCCCUAAAUUCCGUUACAAUAUUAGCCGCAACAAACAGACCUGAUAGAAUGGACAGGGCGUUGCUUCGACCGGGGCGAUUAGAUCGGCUUAUUUACGUACCCUUGCCAGAUUUCGAGACAAGGUUACAGAUUUUGGAACUGAAGCUUGAAAAAAUGAGUACCAGUGACAUUAACUCGCACAGUCUUGCAACUAGGACCGACGGGUUUUCUGGCGCUGAACUUAACGCGUUAUGCCAUGAAGCAGCCUUGAGAGCUCUAGAGAGGAAUCUCGAUUGCCCAGCAGUAACCAUGGAGCAUUUUGAGCAUGUUUUGAAAGAUUUUAAACCAAGAACACCAGGAUCACUGUUGAAGGUUUAUGAGGAGUUUGCUUUAGGACAAAGAUCUGGAUGAUAGCACUGUCGUCUUGUCUACAAUGGACAAUGAAUGAUUCUUGAAUGAUUUCAUAGAUUUCAAAAAGCACCUUGAAUUAACACACUUUAUAGGUCUCUGAUUAACAUUUUAAUGAGUAAUGAGAUAAAUAAAGUUUAUUACCUCGAAGCUCCUAUUUAUGAAACAUUAUUAAUGAAGGCUAAAUGUAUGAGAUAGGUCAUAUUUUUUAAAGUAUAGUUCUAAUAUCUUUUUCUACUGUUUAAAGAUUGUGUGAUGUUCAAAAAUUAUUUUGAAUAACAAAACAAUUAACCCUACUAGUUGUAGCAAAAUAUUAUUAAUAAAAAAGAUAUUUAUAAAAAGUUCAAUAAAAAAGUGUUACUUUAUAAAGCAACAGAAAUCAGUGGACUGUAUAUAAAGGGUUUUAUAUAAUCAUGACAGAUUACCUAACUGUAAAAAUUAUCGCAUGUUUACUACAUUAUUAUAUGUCUGAAAUUAGUUGCGAUUUUCAGCAGAAUAUCUACCAAAAAUCAAAUACUUGUAUGGUAACACAAUGUUAUUAGUAUAGUAAGUAAAGAUUAAAUAUUUGGAUUUUAUAA